AUGGGUAGAAGUACCAGGCGGUUAUGCCUGGUGCUAUUCGCCUUACUCGUGCCACAGAUCGGCACCCAAAACGUCAACAUUGGCAACCAGAAUAUCGGGAUUGGAGCCCAGCAGGUCGGUUCCGGGUUGAAUGGAGCUGGAGGGACGAUAUUCACAGGGACGGGAUCGAACCCAAAUUAUGGAGUAAAUCUCGUACCAUUCGGACCGGAAGUGGGUGACCUGAAGGUGAACCCGUCGAUGUUGACCGCCGGACAGACGAUUGAUCUGCACAUGUUCUUCCCGUACUAUGGAGGGCUUUACAAUUACACAACGCUCUCGGUGAACGGGUAUAUGGGUUUCGCGUCGGUGCUCGACCAGGGUCCGACGAUCAACGUUGGCCCCGAUUUGACGGAUUGGCCGCGACAGGAGGAUCCGGCCAUGAUCGCCCCUUAUCUCUGCAAACAGCAGGUUCCGCAAACCGGUAACCCAGCAAUGCGGUCGGGUCUCUACUACCGUCUGCUACUGCGUCAAUCUCUUUUCGGUCAAUCGACAGGCCAAAAUCUGAACUAUGGCCCGAAUGCGAACACAUUCUUUUCACAGAACGUGCGUCAGGCUUGUCCCGGGACAUCCGAUUCGUAUGCGAGGUGUGACGCUAACAGCGACGCCUUCCUCGAUUUGAUGAUGGCUUGGCUUCAAGAGGGUGUGGCUGGCGCGUCAAUGUUCCGCGCCGAUGCGGCGGUGGUGGUCACGUGGUACAACACGGCGUCUGCCAUCUCGGGUCGUUCGGAUAUCGAUGCCGGCCAGACGGCCACCUACCAGGUGGUCUGGUUGACGGAUUCAGCCGCUCGUUUGUCAUACGUCAUCCUCAACUACGAUCGUCUUGGGUUUGACGCUCAGGACUUCCGCGCGAAUUCCCGGUCCGGACGUUGUCGGGCGGUGCUAAACGGAGGAAAUCACACUGGAUUUGUGGAGGUCGACCCGACGCAACCUUAUAAGAAUACACCCAAGGUGCUGGCGCAACGUUCUGGUGUUCCACAUAUGGUCCGUGGUCGCUACAUGUUCCGAGUUGACGAUAUCGUCCGCCCAGCCGGCUGCAGCAACAAAACUGGCGGAACUUAUCCGAUGAUCAUUUACCCGAACAUUGUGAACAUGCUCGGAGAGAACACCGUCGACAUCAACGCCAUUUGCCUCGACCGCACUCAGACAUAUAUCCUCAUGAUAGAGGAGAGAAAUGUAGCUACAUGUACUGUAUUGAAUCCUGCGAUAGCGAGAUGCAGUUUGCCUGUGAUUUACGACUGGGGUGUGAAAACGGUCUACUUCCAACCACAAAAUAUGGGCGCAAAUGAGGAAAAAGCCUUUGUGGGCUAUAUAUACUUUGUGCCGCCCACGCUUGAUCCUAUGCGGCUGGACAUCGGCAAUAUCUACGAAUGGUACAAUAACCCGAUGAAAACACAGACGAUGCCAAUAUCUUGGUACCCUCGAAAUUUCACCAACCCCGACUACACGCUGAUGAACUCGUUCCAAAGUGUGUCGGAUGAUCAACUUUAUUCGGUGCAGCUGGGUCUCUAUGUCAUCGGCUACCGCGAGUUUAAGGAUGAUGAGAUCAAAAAAUUCCGACCAGAGCAUCGGACAUUGGCCCGGCUGGCUACUUACUCGAAUCGAAAUACCUAUGACUACAGAUGGAAACCUCAAGAGGAAGUGAUCAACUUGAAUACUGUACAACAAUGGUAUCUCUCCGAUUGGGAACGGAUGAAUACUUUGUAUACGUAUCGUGUCGGCUACUUGAAAUUGGCUCCGAUGCGGGCCAAUGAUCUCAACGCUACAAAGUUGCUGCCAGGGUUGGUGACCGCUCCCAUCUCAUUGCAUUGGUUGUGGACGCCGGACAAUCAAAACUUUGCCACGACCACCUUCUCGCAAGCCGAGAUCAACGCACGCCAGGAAUUCGUAAAGAAGAAGGCAACGCAGAUGUGUCACGACUGGUACGACGAGGACGGCGCCCUGUUCAACUUCAUCAUGGAUACGGAAAGCAACCACUCAUGCCCAUGCGUCGAAUCGCAGGCCCGUCUCGACCUCGGACGCUUUAUGCCUCAUCCCCGAUGCUCGCAGAUGUUCCGUGAUAUCACCUGUACAUCGGUGAUCGGUUCCCGUAAUUGCUACAUGUCUGCCGGCAACAUCUUCGCCACGUACUCGGGCGGAGGGAAAACCUGGGACAACUUUGACACCACACCAUACCGAACGACGUACGGUCAAGUGUGCUGCUACGACGAGGCGGGCUAUCUGAUGCAAACGCCCUAUCAACCAGUCAUAAAAACGCAACGCGAGUAUUUCUACAAUCCUGGAUAUCCGCUUCGGGCCUACGAAUUCGGCACCACCCCUUAUAUGGGGCAAUUUGAGGUGCCCGGAUUGUCCGUAUUCGUCCACGACUAUAUGCCCUACUUCUUGUGUUGUAAAUUUGCCGAUUUCCGGUGUCAGAUGUUCUAUUGGAGACGACCGUCCAGCGCCUGUCAACAGUAUCAACCGCCGGCUAUAGGUCAAAUAUCUGGUGGCGGAACGACCGUCACAAUCGACAAUCAAAAGUUCAUUUUCGACGAACCGGGCGUUUUCAAUUAUUUGUACAUCCCGAAAACGAACCGCAACCCGGAGGUGCGCAUCCAGGUUCGAUUGGAGCGAUAUCCCAAUCGCAAGGUCGACUUUGGUCUUCUUGGCCGAUAUAUGCCACAAGCGGAUCUCGUGCAGCCGACGAACAUCACCGUCGUCACGGGUAUUGUGCUGGAAUGCACGGGCUCGGAGCGAGUGCACAUUAUGGCUCGAAAGGAUACACGCCGCUUCCGCUACCGCACCGACAUCUUGGUGGGCGGCAUCGUCCGCUACUUUGAUACCAUCCAUCUGCAGCGCUUCAAGGGAGUUAUUGUCUACGUCAACAAUGUCGAUUCUCGUGGUCAACCCGAAAUCUAUGUCGUGCUCGAAGACGCGCAGAUCGGUAUCCGCGUCCGUGAGAGCUACGCCGUUGACGUGGAUAGGUUAUCAAUGUUCCAAGAAAGUAUGGGAAUGCUCGACAUCCAACUCAGUGUUCCGCCUAGAUACGGAGUGCGCCCGGAUGGGGAUAAUGUGCGUGAUGCCCAGUUCCGACAGAUCUAUAACUUGCCGAGGGUCUCAGGCCUUAUGCGUCCAUUCCCGGAUCAAUCUACUGGUUCCCUUGACCUGGGCAUUACUUUGAAUGACGUCAACUCCGACCAAUAUCGCCAGCAAAUCAUCCAGCAAUAUCGUGUCUACGGCACGGGGGAGCCGGGCACCGAGACAUCUCAGCCAGGAGUCAACACCCAGGGAACACCACAGGAGAACAUGUUCACCACCAGCAAGGAAGAAGACAAGGCAUUCGACGUUUUCCCGGAGGCACAGUCUCGCAAAGCCCCCGUCUACAAGGCGGCCCCCAUCUGGGAAACUGGCCCCAACCGAUUCCAAGUGCAAACUGGGCAGAUUGUCAGCCAGCUCCUCUCUACCUGUACGGAUCUGCAGAACAACCCGAAUGUCGACCUGGCCCCAUACCAAUCGUUCCAAUCCGAGGCCUACGGCCAGCGACUUUGUCCAGACGACCCGGGAAGCAUCUUGCAAGACUGCGGCGAUAACGUUCCGUGUCUCUACGACUACACGCUGUUCAACUCGAAAAUCCUCGGCAACCUGGAGAUGCAGACGUACAACAACUUCUUGUCGGAGCGCAUGGAGGCACAGAGGCAAUACAACUCUUGCGGGGCUAUCAACAUCGAAUAUCCAGAAUAUAUGAUGAAGACGCCGGCAAUGGCCAGUGGAUACCUACAAGGAGAUGUGGCCCGAUUUGAUUGCUAUCAGUCCCAUUGGAUCCAUGGUGAUCAUGACUACAAGUGUGGAUUGAUCGUCGAUAGGAAUGAUCAGUCCGGAUUGUCUUAUCGUUAUGAAUGGAAUAAGGGAUCCCAACCGUGGUGUCGAUCGAGGAUCAAAGAAAACUAUUUCAAGUGGCUCGCCACAAUCUUUGGCUUUGUUGGCGUCGUGUUGGUGCUGAUCCUGAUCUUUACCGUAUGUUGGUGUCUGAAACAGCGGCGACGAAACGAAAAGGCCGAGGAGUACGCUGCUGGUUCGUACCCGAUGGGACCAGAUUUUACGAAUAAGGGGUUCGUCACCGAUCCGCGAAUCGAUCAAAUCAGCGAACCUCCACGUCCCACCGGCAUUCCUCGGGCAACUCCCAUCGCCCUAGAUGCCCGCAGACUAUCACCAACUCCCUCCAGCAUCCCGGCAAGCACACAGCCAUACGGCGCCCAACAGAUUCUCGGCAUGAACACGAGCGUG